UCGCUGCUGAUUAGUCAGUGUUCAGCACUGCUCGAGGAAGACGGAAGAGAGGACUUCAGUCUGACCCGCGCGCUCAGAUGAUCUCCAACAUGACUAAAUAUAGCUCUGAGUGUGUGUUGCAGUGUGUCCCUCUUCAGUCACCCAUUGGAGAGCUUCAGCUGAGCGGCUGUGAGAAAGGAGUACACUCCAUCACCAUCACCACUGAUACACCUAAACACAGUGCAGUGAGUUGUGCUGAUAGUGAUGUCCAGGUGGAGCUGCAGAAGUGUGUGUCCUGGUUGCAGAGUUACUUCAGUUCUGCACAGUCAGUGACAUCACUACCCUCCCCAGCAAUACACAAUCCCAUGCUGGAGACAGAUACCUUCAGUGCCUGUGUGUUGCGGACGCUGCAGGAUCAAGUCCCUGCGGGCCAAACCGUGUCUUACAAAAAGCUGGCCAAAAUGGCAGGAAAUGAGCGGGCAGUGAGAGCUGUGGGUGGAGCCAUGAGGAGAAAUCCGGUUCCUCUCCUCAUUCCGUGUCACCGUGUGCUGUGUAGCUCGGGGGCUAUCGGUGGAUUUAUGGGAGGAAAAGGAGCUGACAUAAAGCUCUGGCUGCUGCAGCACGAGGGCUGGAAACCAUAAACAUAAACACAAAAAGAUAAACACAAACACGUAAACACAAACACAGAAACACUGACACAAAGAAAUAAACACAAACACAUAAACACAAACAAAUGAACACAAACAAACAGAAAUGAAUACGGUUUAUUUUUGUUAUGUAGUUUUGUUAUCAGGGUUACAGUCUGAUCUCGAUCACUAAUUAUGUUAGACACGUUCUGCUGUAUUAUCUGAAUAUUGGUUAAUAUUAGUUGUAUAUUAUGUUGAUAUUAAGAAGACACUGAAAAACAGUUUAAAGUCUAUUUUAUAAACAGAAUGAAUAAAAAAGUUCCAAAAAUGUUCUAAAACUGAGCAAUUGAACAAAAAAUGCUUAAUUACAACAGUUGUUAUUAAUAAAGAUACUAAUGUUUAACACUUAA